UUGCUCGCCUCAGGCAGCUUGCUAGCGUAGUUAGCUCCCUGUGGUAGCCUAGCGGUGUUGCUGCUUGUGGGAGGCGGAUGGAGCCCGGGCUCGGGGUUGUCCAGACUCGCUGUUAAAACAUUUCAAACACACUGUAUGUUUUCUUUUUUACUGCCUGGGCGAGUAGGAGCUGUAAUUGUAGUGUGAGCUAAGGCUUUGGAGCUGAACCCGGAGUGAAGUGGAGAACAGGAGGUAAAAUGUGGAAAAGCUUUAUUUGUGCUGCCUGGUGAAAUCCCUCAGCGCUCCGAGAGAACAUCAGCAGAAACCGAAACAAGCUCCGCUGUGUGAGUGCUGCUGCUGCUGCUGCCGCUGCUGCCGGUGCUGCUGCUGCCGCUGCUGCUGCCGCCGCCUGAUGCCGCAGAAAGGCACGGGGAAGAUGAGCACUGUAUACUGAACUGGUCUCCUUUAUUACAGCCAGUACUUGUGGCAGCUUCCUAUUGAUCGGAAAACGCUGAAACGUUAGCUUAGCUCGACGGAGACUCAUCAGUUGUUUAUGGGUUUUCUUUAAAAAUGGCUGCUGAGAUGCUGAAGUGCAGCUGAUUUCGGUUGGAGAUGCAGUGGGAGACUGCAAGGCCAUGUGUCUGACAAGGAACAAUGUGUGACUUUGAGGAUUGGUGCAGUGUUGAGGACUUUCCCAGCAGGAGGUAACCCUGACUAAUGCAGGAUAUUCUUCCUCCUCCUCAACAAUGAGGCAAAACCGGAGCCUGUUAUAUCCGAGCUGAUCGUAUUCCUAUAUUUAUGAAGGCUUUAGGGGAUCUCCAUGUUGUUGUUUUUUUAAUACAUUCUUUGAAAGACGACAAGGCUUUUUUUUUUCUCUUGAGGAUGUGUCUGACGGAUCUGUCCUGGUGGUGAGGAAGCCUGACUGGAUUCCUGUGCGCUAAUUGAAACAGUGUGGAGAAGGGCCUCGGUUUCUGAUCGUGCAGAAAUGGAUGUGGUGAAGGCGCUGAGGAUAGAGCUGAACUGUGUGGGGCAGAUCGGUGUGUCCCGGGUCGGGCUGCAGGGCAGGAGCACGUACCUGGUGUUUUGUGCGGUGCUGUGCCUCGCGCUGGCCACAGACGCGUCUCCGUCGAAAACCUGCGACAAAACGUGUCUGUCGGGGAAAUGCGUGAACGGCUCGUGCGUGUGUGACCGAGGAUGGGUCGGGGAUCAGUGUCAGCACUGCCACGGCAAAUUCAAGCUGACUGAUCCAUCAGGGUACCUGACAGAUGGCCCCAUCAACUACAAGUACAAAACUAAGUGCACCUGGCUCAUUGAGGGCUACCCCAAUGCAGUGCUGAGGUUGCGUUUUAACCACUUUGCGACCGAAUGUAGCUGGGACCACAUGUACGUCUACGACGGAGACUCCAUUUACGCUCCUUUAGUAGCCGUGUUCAGUGGUCUCAUUGUGCCAGAGGUUCCAGGGAAUGAGACAGUCCCUGAAGUGGAGACCAACUCUGGCUAUGCACUCCUGCACUUUUUCAGUGACGCAGCCUACAACCUGACUGGAUUUGAGAUAUUUUAUUCGAUAAACUCCUGCCCGAAUAACUGCUCAGGCCACGGCAAGUGCACCACCUCCAACUCCAUAGCGAGCAGAGUGUACUGUGAGUGUGAUAAAUACUGGAAGGGCAAAGCCUGUGACAUCCCUUACUGCAGGAACAACUGUGGCAGCCCAGACCACGGCUACUGCGAUCUCACUGGGGAAAAGCUGUGCGUCUGCAAUGAAAGCUGGCAAGGUCCGGAUUGCUCCCUCUCUGUGCCCUCUACGGAGUCAUACUGGGUCAUGCCAACAGUGAAGACGUUUGGUACAUCACUAGGCAGGGCAUCCCACAAAGCAGUGGUUCAGGAGAAGGUCAUGUGGGUGGUCGGUGGCUAUACGUUUAACUAUAGCAACUUCCAGAUGAUUUUAAACUACAAUCUGGAUAGUGGUGCCUGGAACACUAUGGCUAGCAGUAGUGGGCCUGUGUCGAGAUACGGCCACUCUCUCGCACACUAUCAGGAUAAACUCUACAUGUUCGGAGGAAAGUUGGAGAUGGGCUCGGGCAACGUCACAGACGAGUUGUGGGUGUUUAACAUGCAGAGUAAGUCAUGGACUCAGCAAUCCCCUUCGACGCCGGCUCACGGUCAGGUGUAUGCAGUGGAGGGGCAUUCUGCACACAUAACCGAACUGGACACAGGAGACGUGAUAAUGGUAGUCAUCUUCGGCUACUCCUCCAUCUACAGUUACAUCAGCAACGUGCAGGAGUACAACAUCAAAACAAACAUAUGGCUGGUUCCUGAGACGAGAGGAGCCACAGUUCAGGGAGGCUACGGCCACAGCAGCGUGUAUGAUGCCGGCAGCAGGAGUGUGUAUGUCCACGGAGGCUACAAGUCCCUGCCUGCUAAUAAGUACAGCCUUGUAGAUGACCUGUACCGUUAUGAGGUACACACUCGCAUCUGGACUAUUCUGAAGGAAAGCGGUUACCCACGCUACCUCCACUCAGCAGUGCUGCUGGGAGGAACUCUGCUCAUCUUCGGAGGAAACACUCAUAAUGAUACGUCCCUGAGCAAUGGUGCUAAAUGCUUCUCUGCUGAUUUCUUAGCAUAUGAUAUUGCGUGCGAUGAGUGGAAGGUCCUUCCCAGACCAAACCUGCACAGAGAUGUUAAUCGCUUUGGCCACACCGCAGUCACCAGUAAUGGGUCCAUGUAUGUGUUUGGUGGUUUCUCCAGUGUGUUGUUGAACGAUGUGCUGAUCUACAGGCCACCCAGCUGUGAGGCAUUUGUGGGGCAGGAGCGAUGUGAAGGUGCAGGUCCGGGGGUGCGCUGUGUUUGGAGACCAAAUCGCUGUGUAUCCUGGGAGCCCAGUUUUUCUACAAGCACACCUGCUUCUUUCUGCCCUGCCAAGCCUGCCACCGUGGAUGAGCGAUGUCACCGCUUCUCCGACUGCACCAGUUGUACUGCAAACACUAAUGGCUGUCAGUGGUGUGACGACAAGAAAUGCAUCUCAGCCCUCAGCAACUGCACUGCUAGUGUGAGAAACUUCACCAGAUGCUCCAUCAGAAACGAGCAGAUCUGCAGCAAGCUGGCCAACUGCAAGAGCUGCACCUUAAACCUUAACUGCCAGUGGGAUCACCAGCAACACGAGUGUCAUGCUCUACCUGCCAAGUUGUGUGGAGAAGGUUGGAGUCAAGUGGGUGAAUCCUGUCUGCGCAUUAACUCCAGCCGAGAGAGCUACGACAACGCCCGGCACUACUGCAAGAACCUGGGUGGCAUCAUCGCCUCGCUUUCUACUGCUAAGCAGGUCGACUUUGUUUUUGGGGAACUGCAAAAGUACCAGCAACAGGAGAAGAAGCUGUUCCCCUGGGUGGGCCUGAGGAAGAUUAACGUGUCCUACUGGGGCUGGGAGGACAACUCUCCCUUCACUAACACUUCUCUGCAGUGGCUGCCUGGAGAGCCCAAUGACUCGGGCUUCUGUGCCUACCUGGAAAGAGCGCAGGUCUCAGGGCUCAGGGCAAAUCCCUGUAACGCCAACACAGACGGCCUCAUCUGUGAGAAAGCAGUCGAAAGCCGCAAUGCACGACCGUGUAAGACACCCUGCUCGCUGCAUGUGUCCUGCGAGAACUGCACCAGUCAGGCCACAGAGUGCAUGUGGUGUGGCAGCACCAAGCGCUGUGUGGAUUCCAACGCCUACGUGAUCUCCUUCCCCUAUGGCCAGUGUCUAGAAUGGCAGACUGGAGACUGUGUCGCUCAGAACUGCUCAGGCUUUCGAACCUGUGGUCAGUGUUUGGAGCAGCCUGACUGCGGCUGGUGUGGAGACCCGACUAAUACAGGCAAGGGGCAGUGUGUGGAGGGCUCAUACCGUGGCCCUAUGAAAAACCCACCCAAACAAAGCCAGGACAUGCAGCUGGACACAAAUCUUUGCCCCAAGGAGCGAGGCUACGAGUGGGCCUUUAUACAGUGCCCUGCCUGCCAGUGCAACGGCCACAGCACUUGUGUGAACGGGAGCGUGUGCGAGCAGUGUCGUAACCUCACCACCGGCCCACACUGCGAGACCUGCAUGCCUGGUUAUCACGGAGACCCCACCAACGGAGGGAAGUGUCAAGCCUGUAAGUGUAAUGGUCAUGCCAAUGUGUGCCAAGUCCUGACAGGGAAGUGUUUCUGCACCACCAAGGGGAUUAAAGGAGACCAAUGUAACCUAUGUGAUUCGGAGAAUCGUUACCUUGGCAACCCUUUGAGAGGAACCUGUUACUACAAUCUUUUGAUUGACUACCAGUUCACCUUCAGCCUGCUGCAAGAAGAUGACCACUAUUACACUGCUAUUAACUUCAUGGCCACACCAGAACAGACCAAUAAAAAUUUGGACAUGUCAAUCAACGCGUCCAACAACUUCAACCUCAACAUCACUUGGUCUGUUGGAUCAACAGCAGGUACCAUCUCUGGAGAAGAAGUCCCCAUUGUGUCCAAGACCAACAUUAAAGAGCACAGGGACAGCUUCUCCUGUGAGAAGUUCAGCUUCCACAGCAAUCCCAACAUCACCUUCUACGUCUACGUCAGCAACUUUUCUUGGCCAAUUAAAAUCCAGAUCGCCUUCUCGCAGCACAACAGCAUCAUGGACCUGGUGCAGUUCUUUGUGACUUUUUUCAGCUGUUUUCUCUCGUUGCUGCUGGUGGCUGCAGUGGUGUGGAAGAUCAAGCAGACGUGCUGGGCCUCGAGACGGAGAGAGCAAUUGAUGAGGGAAAGGCAACAAAUGGCAAGCCGUCCCUUCGCUUCCGUUGCCAUGGCACUGGAGGCGGAAUGCGAUCAGGUGGAGCUGCUACAAGGAGGAAUAGAGGCUCCUCCCAAACCUAUAGCCUUGGAGCCGUGUUCGGGAGGCAAAGCUGCAGUUCUGACAGUGCUUCUGUGCCUCCCAAGAGGACCAUCAGGGUUUCCUCCUCCUGGACAGUCAGGUAUUGCUAUAGCUAGUGCGCUGAUCGACACCUCCCAGCAGAAGCCCAUGGAUUUUAAAGAGAAGAAUCCAGGUUUAAAGAACCGCAAAGCUCUGCCUACAGCUCACCAGGGCACCUGUGUGUGAGACGCACAUCCUCUGCAGCUGCCAUCUUUAUCUGGACUUCUAUUUUUUUCCCUCCAAAGAGCUGUGCCGUGUUCCACUGCUGCGGGACCCCGGCACCACCUGUUUCCACAGAGAGGCCCCUGCUGAUGUGGUUUUGCUAGGUAGCAGAGUGCUUUGUCCUCCUCCUCCUCCUCCUCCUUAACACUACACCUGUAUCAAACUCCUCCUGCACUCCAGCACAUGGGUCUCCCAGCACAUUUCACUAUUUCUUCUGCAGAUCUUUUACAUAUCACACCACAAGUCCUGUCUGACAGAGCCUAAACUUUUUCUCUAAAGACUCUAAAUUCAGUACUGUUUGAGAUUCAAGGCUCUAGUUGUGACCUCUUCUGAAGGGAGGAAAAAAUGUGUUGACUCCUCCCACUCGCAGCUGCCAGACUGCCAUUCCCCUCGUCUGGUUUCUACCUUUUUUCUCAGUGAGGACAGAGUGAGGACGUGUGUGAUGUACACUGCUUUCUCAGCAGUAGAGCCUUUCACAGGUGAAGUUAUAGACUUUCCACGGUAUUGUAUAUGGGUGUAAAGCCCAUUUCUUUGCUUGCCAAGUAGACUCUGUGUUUGCUAAAAAGCUUCUUAUUUACCAUUAACUGCAUUUGUAGCCAGUUGAGCUUUUGUAUUUCAAAUCCAACACGUUCUGUCAUCUGUAGCACAGAAGAGCUGUUAGGUUUGUCUAAGCUAAUGAACUUUUGCUGCUGGUUUUAUAUAUAUAUAUAUAUAUAUAUAUAUAUAUAUAUAUAUAUAUAUAUAUAUAUAUAAAAUAAAGAUUCGGGAGAAACCGAUCACGUUUGACUAAAAUAACAUAUACUAGCAAAGUUUCUAUGUUUCAUCUGUCCGCUUUUCCUGCAAAGCUUUUGCAUGACAUACACACUAUAUGCUUUAAAAGUUAUUAAGUCAGAAAAAAAUGAUUUUUUUUUGUAAUGAGUUAGAAUAUAAAACCAAGUUUGGGAGAACACAGCUCGUCAUCUGCCAGUCGUAGAAACAGACGCUGAAAUGACGAACUCACCAGAAUGAGAUGUAAUACAGGGAAUCAGUUGUAUAGUAUUAUAAUGAUAUAACGGCUAGGGAAGCUUCUGUCUUAAUGUUCUUUUCCUCCUUUUUUUUUUUUCGAGAGUGAUUUGGUACUGACUGAAAAGAGGAUCAUCUCGUGGCCUUGUGGUAAAACAUUGCAUUGUAAUGGAUUGUUGGUCUUUUACGUUUCACAUAUUGUGAAUGCAGCAGGUGGGCUUUGUUUAAGGACACUGCUGGUCUACUCGAGACUUGCAGUCAUGGAAGUUAACUCCACCUACUUCAUCCUGGUCUCACAGGAAUUCCACUAGGACAGACUUUUCCACAGCUCAUGCACUUUUUCCCUCCAGCUGAGAGAGCCAUUAGCAAUAUUACCACCGCAGGACCUGAAGAACAACACAUGCAAGGAAGUGUACAACGCUCUUCGCCUCAUACGUUUGUGUAGCACACAAACAUGUCAAAUGUGAAUCAUUGCUUUUUCAGCUCGGUGUUCUAAUGGUUUUUGUUCCCAUUUUGUUUUUAUUCUUUUUUCUGUUUUUAAUAAAGAACAUUAAAAGGCCACACAUUUCUUUUAGGUCCAUCCUUUGUACAAUGCCCAUUGUGGAGGUGAUUAAUGAUGAUGAUGAUGAUGAUAAACAUGUCUUUUGCAAUGUUUGUGAAAAAGAAAUGUUAGUUUUGUUUUGAUAACUGACUCUUGUGUAAUACCUCUGUUUUGUACUUUAGUCAUUGAAGUCCUGUAUCUAGCUUUAUUAACCAGUUUUUUCUUAUUUUCCAUACAGUUGCAGUUUAUUGCAGCUGCACGAGGAGACUACUCUGGGCAUUUGUAGUUACUUUCAGAAAGUCGUCUGUGAACAUGACUUCUGUUUUGAUCAGGAUUUUUUAUUUUUUUUAUUUUAAGCCUGCUUUUGAAUGCGAGUAGUUGUAUGCAGUAGGAGCACAAUGUACAGUCCCAUUACACAGAAAUCUCACUGUAAAGUCUCACAAAAUGUGGAAUAUGAAUGAAACACAUUCUUUAGUGAAUAUCAUUUAUUUUCAGUGUAUUUUAAAGAUGGACUGGAAAAAAUAAAACAUGAUUCAUAGGG